AUGGACGGACUCACCGCAGCCGAGCAGCAGGAACUCCAGAAGCGCAUGGAGAAGAAGCAGAUCAAAGAGUUUAUGGGGGCCUAUUCCAUGAUCGUCAACCGCUGCUUCGACGACUGCAUCAACGACUUCACCACAAAGUCUCUCAUCUCGCGCGAAGAGGGCUGCGUCAACCGCUGCUUCGACAAGUUCAUGAAGACCGCCGAGCGCGUCAACCAGCGCUUCCAGGAGCAAGGAAACGCCAUGAUGCAGUCCGGCCAGAUCCCCGGCAGAUAA